CCCUUGCCUUGCCUCCCCAUUGCUCACCGUGCCUGUUUAUAUAGACCGCAGAGGAGCCCCACGCUGCCUCACUCUCCUCAAGCACUGACUAGCCCUCGGACUCUCAUUCGCCUCUCAGCUACACGCACGCUCUUAAGGACUGCAGUGCCGGCCACGAGAUAACCCUGAAGCUUCAACUUGGAGAGCCAACAGACAGAGAGAGAAGAGAAGAGAGAGAAGAGGAAGAUAAGAGGCAACUUGAGAUAAGAGGGAAAGAAAGUUGAGAGAGAGAUAUAGAGAGUGAAAUAGACAGAUCUAGAGGACGAGAGAGAAGAAGAGAGAGAGAAACAGAGAUAGAGAGAGGGAGAGAGACAGAUAAAUAGAGAAGGAGAGAAAGAGAAACAGAGAGAGAGAGAAAUAGAGAGAGAGAGAGAGAAAAAAAAACAGAGAGAGACAGAGAACGAGAGAAAAGAAGAAAGAGAGAGAAACAAAGAGAGAGAGAGAGAGAGAGAGAUAGAGAGAGAGAGGGAGAGAGACUGGACUGCUGGACUCCUGAGCACGGCGCACAUUAACUCAAAGACUCACACACACACGCACACACACAUCAGCAUCCUCCGUGAGUGACUGAGUGAGUGAGUGAGUGCGCACUAACACUCAGAGCCCUUGUCGAGUCUGGUCGAGCUCCCAAAGAGGCACCAACCAACACAAACACCACACAGUCCGCAUGGAGCUGCGAAGUCUACUCUGGACAGUGAGCCUGCUGCUGGGCUGCCUAGGAGCACAGACCUGGGCACAGGGCUACGAAGACGACAUGGAUAUCGUGCCAAGCUACGUUGAUGCCUACUACAACGAGAUCUCGGAUGGGGAGAUGAGAGAAGCAAGCCCCUCCACAGCGCCCCCCGCUGCACAAAAAUCUGAUUGCAAGUCGGUGGAGCUCACCAAGUGGGACAAGCUCUUCACCAUGCUGGAGAACUCGCAGAUGAAGGAGAACAUGCUGCUGCAGUACUCCGACGACAUCAUGAAGGUGGAGCUGCAGGCGCUGCGCAGCGAGAUGCUGCAGUUCACCGCGCGCUACGGCGGCGGCGGCGCCGGCUGCGUGGGCGGUGCGCAGAUGGAGCUUCGGCUGCAGCAGGCCGUGGAGCAGCUGAAGGAGAGCUGCGGAGGGCAGCAGCAGCAGCAACGCGAGGCCCUCCUGCAGCAGCUGCUCACCGCCAGCCGCAGCCAGACGGGCCGGCUGGCCAAGCUGGAGAGCACCUGCCUUCUGAACGGGAAGGCAAGCGCGGGAAACGGAGCAGCCGCCAGCAGUGGAGCCAAUGACAGCAAGGGCUUCCUGACCCGGCACCUCAUGCAGGCCACGGCGGCGGCGGCGGCCGCUCACACCCGCGGCGGCGGCGGCAAUGAUGUCAGCAUGACGGGGAAUCUGCAGCUGGCGCUGGAGAAGCUGACGGUGGAGGUGCAAGGCUUACGGCAGCAGAUGGAGCAACAGAUACAGGCCACGGCACAGAACAGUCUGCCAGCAGGCUGUGACAGUGCUGUCUUCAUCCCCAUGCACUCCCCCGAGAGCUUCACCCAGCUGGAGCAGAGGAACGUCCACAUGAGCGCCAUGACCGUGUGCCUGUGGGCGCGGCCCACCCAGGUGCUGAACAAGACGGUUCUCUUCUCCUACGGCGGCGCCUGGAACCCUGUGGACGUGCAGCUGGUCCUGAGCCGCCGCGGUGCCCUGUUCACCGUCGGGGGCGAGGCCCACCUGGUGGAGGCCGCGGGCGCGGUGGCGGAGCGGCGCUGGACCCACCUGUGCGGCACCUGGAGCUCCGAGCAAGGGCUGGCUUCCCUCUGGGUGGACGGCAGGCAGGUGGCAAGCGCGCCCGGGGUGGCCGAGGGCAACACCAUCCCCGGGAGCGGGGUGCUGCAGCUGGGUAAAGAGGGUUCCCGGCAGAGGCGAGGAGCCACCAGGGUUACCGGCAACGGCGCGGUGGCCGCAGCGGCGCCCUUCACGGGGAAGAUUACCGGCGUGAACGUUUGGGAUCGCACGCUAAGUCCGGAGGAGAUUUCCCAGCAGGCCAUGCUCAACGGCAGCACCUGCGGGAACCUCGGGAACGUGGUAGCCUGGGGCGUGACUAAAGUCACUCUGCGUGGGGAGGCCAAACUUAUCUAUUAAAUCAAUCAAAUGCCCAGCACUGCUCAACCACUGCUGCUGCUCACCAUAACUUCUAACGCAAGUCACACAGCAUACUUUAUGCCCGCAAUCCCACUCUCGCUCGGAAAACAAUCAAAUGUUGCCUCGGCCGUGGCUCAACCGGUUAGGGCAUUGACUGUUACACCGGGGACCCGGGUUCGAUUCCGGAUCGAGAUCAUUUCCUGAUCCUCCCCAUUUCUUUCUCUCUCCCACUCGCUUCCUCUCACUAUCUCAUACUGUCCUAUCAAAUAAAGGCAUGAAAGACACUAAAAUAUAAGAAAAAAGACUUUAUGUUUCCCAUUUCAGAAGUCUAAGGAGCAUGCAUACCCCACUGAGAUGAAAUGGAAGGAAGAGAUCAAACAUUUACCAAAGACUGCACACAGAGUGAUGACGGAGAAUAAUAUGAUCGAUCGAACAAAGAGUUGAUUGUGCGAUGGACUUUUGCUGUUCUCCUUUAUUUUUCUAUUUUUCUAUUUUUAAGGAUGGUUUCGUUUUUUUUUGUGGAUGGUUCUGCUGAGAAAUAGUUUACAAGCCGCCAGUGGAAAGACUUUUAACUGUCUGUCACGUUGUAUUUCAUGUCAUUACUGUCUUUCAUAACACCUUAAGGAACACAAACUGUGUAUUCUGAACUUCGCACACCUCAAAGUGUCGAACUUCAGAACUGAAUAUAGAUUCAUUUAAUCUUGUAUAUUUUACUUUAGCUUAGAGACCUUAGAGUCUUUCUAUUUUUGUAAAUUUAUGAUGUUCAAUCAAACCGUUUGAAAAGAUAUGUAUGCAUACCUUUAAUCUUUGGCAAUACUAUUGUCUUCUCACCAACAAAGGCACUGUUUUAAUUGUUUGGAUAAUAUAACUUGGAGAAAGUUUACACUCCUUUUACAUUCUAAAAUAAUAACUGUGUAUUAUAGUGUAAAUUGUUUUUUGCUACGAAUGAAAAUGAAAAAGUGAAUGUAUAUUGUACAUAAAUGUUUUGCAUUUGACUGGUGAAACUGAGAGGGAUUUAAUAAAGUUAAA